AGGAAUCCACCCAUGAAAACCUCAACUCACGGUCACGGCAGAGACGACCGGAGCUACCUCCGUGUCGCCGACGCGCCCUAUAUAAGAGAAAUCCCUCCUCCUCCUCCCUUCUCAAAACCCUAUUUUUCAAAGAGCACAGAGAAGAAGAUAGCAGAAGAGCCGAUCGAGCUCGGAGGGGGAGACCGGACUGUAUGACGACGCUUCGAUCGUGCAUUGAACGCUGCUUCGGAGAUAUCGUUUACGGCGACGAGCUUUUCUGGCACCAAGACCUAAAGCCCCACACCUCCGGCGAGUUCUCCAUUGCCGUUGUUCAGGCUAAUUCAACAUUAGAGGACCAGGGUCAGGUGGCCGCGACCCCAUUCGGGACUUUCAUCGGCGUCUAUGAUGGCCAUGGCGGACCCGAAGCUGCUCGAUUCGUCAACAACCAGCUUUUCCCUAACUUCUGCAAAUCUGCUAUGGAGCAGAAGGGGGUUUCGGCUGACGUGAUGAGGAAGGCGAUUGUUGCGACCGAGGAGGAGUUCUUACGAUCGGUGGAGCGUUCGUUUCCUUACAGGCCGCAGAUUGCUUCGGUUGGAACUUGUUGCCUGGUUGGGGCCGUAACGGAGGAUAUGCUGUAUGUGGCGAAUUUGGGGGAUUCCCGAGCGGUGCUCGGCCGCUGCGCGAACCCUAGUGGAAAGGAUGUGGUGGCGGAGCGAUUGACAUGCGAUCACAAUGUGUCGGAUGUGGAGAUUAGGAAGGAGCUAAAACAGAUGCACCCGGAUGAUUCUGAUAUAGUUGUUCAUACCAGAGGAGUAUGGCGGAUUAAGGGGAUUAUUCAGGUAUCGAGGUCGAUCGGCGACGCAUACCUGAAAAAACCAGAGCUCAGCAGGGACCCUCUGUUCCCUCAGUUCGUCUUUCCGGCCAGCCCUUUGAAGCGGUCCGUCAUCACCGCUGAACCAUCGAUUCUCAUGCGCCAGCUGAAACCAGAUGACUUGUUCUUGAUAUUUGCUUCAGAUGGUUUUUGGGAGCAGCUAACCGAUGCUGCUGCUGUUGACAUUGUCUCCAAGCAUCCAAGAUCUGGAAUUGCAAAACGGCUCCUGAGAGCUGCCCUCGAGGAGGCCGCAAAGAAGGUGGAAAUGAGAUACAGCGACAUGAAGAAAAUACAGAAAGGAGUGAGGCGCCAUUUCCAUGACGACAUAACCGUCGUCGUUGUAUAUCUGGAUCAUAACUUCAGAAAAUCAAAAGGCGCGAAUUUUAAAGCAGGUACUUACAGAUCCAUGAAAACUCCUGCUGAUAUAUUCUCCCUCCACUCUCAUGAACCCUACAGUCGUCUUCGUCCCGAACCCUAACAAUGUUUAAUGGCUGAAUCACAAGAUUCUGUUUGCAUGAGGAUAUUUCUGCAAAAAAAAAAUUUUUUUUGCAAAACUUUUCUUUUUUUUUUUCUGUUUCCUUGGCAAAAUAUUCAGCUCGUGUUGCACAAAUGAUGAGCUGUGUAAAUUGAGAUGUGGAGGAGGAGGAAAUGGGGGGGUUUAUAUAAAUGUCACAUUUUUCUUAUGUGUUUAUAUUUUUGACAUUUAAAUUUUGAUAUUUACAUAUGUACCAAUGUAAAGAAAUAUGGAAAUUGGACAUUAGAUAUGUAUGGAUAUGUAAGAGUUGUGGAGUAUGUAUGUAAAUUCCCCAAAUGAACAUUGAUGUUUAUGUAGAAUAUGAAAGC